CCGCAACAAGUUUGAGAUUUUGGCAAGGUGUAACGGCAUGUUUGAAGGUUUUUGCACCAUUGGUGAGAGUACUUCGACUUGUUGAUUGUGAUAGCAAGCCAUCAAUGAGGUUUGUAUAUGGUGAGCUUAUGAGAGAAAAAGAGGAAAUCAAACAUGCUUUGUCCGAUGUCCCAAGGAACUAUAAAUCGAUUAUUGACAUUAUUGAAGAAAAGAAGAAAAAAAAUGAAAGAUAGGCUUGACUCUCCUCUUCAUUUGAUGGCAUAUUUGUUGAAUCCUUAUUACCAUUAUAAGGAUCCACAACUUCAUUUGGACGAAGUUGUAGGUGUUGGAGUUGUUGAUUUUUGUGAUAUUCUAUUUGUCAAUGAUUUUGACAUGCAAAAUAAGAUUUUAAGUGAAGAAUUGCCAAAAUAUAAGAAGAAGGAGGGGAUGUUUGGAAGAAGCAUCGCAAUCAAAGCAUGUGAGGUGAAUGAUGACAACUUUAAUCCCGCAAAUUGGUGGUCAACUUUUGGUACCUCAGCCCCUUUAUUGAGAAGAAUAGCCAUAAAGAUUCUUUCUUUAACAUCUAGUUCUUCGGGGUGUGAAAGAAAUUGGAGCACAUUUGAAGGGAUACAUACAAAGAAGAGAAAUAUGCUUGAAUCAAAUCAUCUCAACAAUUUAGCUUUUGUCCAAUUUAAUGCUACUUCGAUGAACAAGAACAAGCAAGAUAAAAAUAUUGAAAAGUUGGUUGGUAGUGAUGCAAGUUUAAUACAAGAUUGGAUUGUGGAAAAUCUUGAGACUGAGCCGGGAUUGGAUUGCAACAAUAAUGCUAUGGAAGUGGAUGAAGCAUUACAACCCCGUAGAAGUGCUAGAUUGAGGGAUCUUGAUGAAGAUAACUUUGAAUCGGAAGGUGAAAGUGAAGAGGAAAUAAUGAAGUAG